AUGUCUCCAACGGCACUGAAGAAUGUGGACGCGGUUGAGAUUGUCGACAUCCACCGGGAUGACCUAGACUUCUCUCUCGUGGAUGACCUAUACAAAGGCCUGAAUCCUGCCGAGGGUACACCACGUUCAUUUCCGACGCUCCUUCUCUACGACACCAAAGGACUAAAGAUAUUUGAAAAAAUCACCUAUCUGGAUGAAUACUACCUUACAAAUGCCGAGAUUGAGAUCUUGACGACACAUGCAAAGAGAAUCGUCGAGCGGAUACCGGAGAACGCACAGCUUGUAGAACUUGGUAGUGGGUCUGUUGUCCUUGCAACUCCAGAUCCGUGGACUUUGAUGGACUGCCCAAAUUUGCGCAAGAUCGAGAUUCUUCUGCGGGAGUGUGAACGGGUGGAAAAGCGGGUGGAUUACUAUGCAUUGGAUCUAUCACUUGUGGAACUACAGCGAACCUUUUCCGAGAUCUCACCAGAAGGUUUCACCUAUGUUGGGCUUCAUGGUUUACAUGGAACCUACGAUGAUGCUCUUUCGUGGCUGAAGAACCCGGAAAAUCGCACUAGACCAACAGUGGUAUUAUCUAUGGGGUCCUCCCUGGGUAAUUUUGAUCGCGCUGCAGCCGCGGAUUUCUUGAGCGGGUUUUCCAAAGCUUUGGGCCCCUCGGAUUUCCUGCUUAUUGGAUUGGAUGCCUGUAAGACUCCGGAGAAGGUUUAUAGAGCUUACAACGACUCCCAAGGUGUGACUCAUCAGUUCUAUGAGAACGGGCUGGCGCACGCCAAUUCCGUGCUGGGCUUCGAGGCAUUCAAGCCCAGUGAAUGGGAAAUAAUCACUGGCUACGAUGAGAAGAAUGGUCGACAUCAAGCCUUCUACUCGCCCACAGUUGAUGUGACUAUCAAUAAUAUUAAGAUCCCGAAAGGAGAGAAGCUUAUUUUCGAGGAGGCCUAUAAAUAUGGCACUGAUGAGCGUGAGGAACUCUGCCGCAACGCAGGAUUGAUAUCGCAGGUUGUGUUUGGGAACUCAACAGAUGACUAUCAUAUUCACCUGCUUUCACCAGCUUCCUUGAAUAUUCCAUUGCAGCCCUCUCAAUACGCAACUCAUACAGUACCGACACUGGAAGACUUCCAGUCAUUAUGGACGGUGUGGGACGUUGUGACCAAGACAAUGAUUCCCCGGGAGGAACUCCUUUCGAAGCCUAUCAAGCUCCGCAAUGCUCUCAUCUUUUACCUGGGCCAUAUUCCUACAUUCUUCGAUAUCCACUUGACUCGAGCUUUGCGUGGAAAGCCCACCGAUCCGAAAUACUAUAAGCAGAUCUUUGAGCGUGGCAUUGAUCCCGAUGUUGAGAAUCCAGAGCAGUGUCACGCUCACAGUGAGAUCCCAGACGAGUGGCCACCUCUUGACGAGAUACUGGAUUACUCGGAGCGGGUACGAAACAGAGCACGAUCCAUUAUUGAGGAAGGAUCCGCCAAUCAGGACCGUUGCCUCGCCGAAGCUCUCUGGAUUGGCUUUGAGCACGAGGCAAUGCACCUUGAGACCUUCCUAUACAUGCUAAUUCAAAGUGAAAAGACACUUCCUCCUACUGGCGUGGAUCUUCCAGACUUUGUGAAGCUGGCUCAUUAUGCGAAGGAAAACGAAAAGCAAAAUAAGUGGUUCCGGAUCCCCCAGCAAUCAUUCACGAUCGGCUUGGAUGAUUCCGACGACCAAGCUCUGCCUAAAGAUUCUUUUGGAUGGGAUAACGAGAAGCCUCAAAGAUCGGUCCAUGUACAUGCGUUCGAAGCCCAGGCUCGGCCAGUCACCAAUGGAGAGUAUGCCAAGUAUCUGCAAGCGAACCGUCUGAGAGAAAUACCAGCUUCAUGGACACUCGUUCACUCCGACCAGGAUUAUCCAACCUCAAAGGGAAUCAACGAGUCAAGUCCUAGUGCGACUCACGACUUUGUGCACAACUUUGCUGUUCGAACUGUUUUUGGUCAGGUGUCUUUGAAUCUCGCACAAGAUUGGCCAGUCAUCGCUUCAUAUGACGAACUGGCAAGCUAUGCUCAAUGGGUGGGGUGCAGAAUUCCCACUUACGAAGAGGUCCGUAGCAUAUAUUUGUACGCUGAUCAACUUCGAGGGAUAGAUGGGCACACGACUGCCAAUGGUCACAGUAGUGGUGUUAAUGGCACUCAUAAUGGAGUCAAUGGCACAUCCAACGGAGUCAAACAUAUGACAAAUGGGUCAACGAAGACUUCGCCUGAUAUGCCAGUAUUCCGUGCACUCAUUGGCUGCACUGUCGGUUUUCAGAACUGGCACCCUGUUCCCGUAACUCCAAACGGUGACAAGCUCGCCGGACAGGGUGAUCUGGGCGGCGUUUGGGAAUGGACCAGCACACCUCUUACUGCACACAAGGGAUUCAAAGCCAUGGAGAUUUAUCCCGGUUACACAUCGGACUUUUUCGAUGGGAAGCAUAACAUCAUUCAAGGUGGUUCGUGGGCAACUAUGCCCCGGAUUGCGGGACGGACUACAUUUGUGAAUUGGUACCAACACAACUACUUGUACGCCUGGGCAGGAGCGCGGUUGGUGCGUGAUGCGCCUAUGUAG